AUGUCAGGAAAGUCGGAGGAAAAGACAUUUGUCUGCCCUGGCUGCCAGAAGGGCAACUUUAAAAGCCUCCACGCUGUGAAAGUUCAUUUUGAAGCCAAGGGUCACCCACUCAAAUGUGUGCCAUGUGAUCAAUCCUUCGAUGUCCUGAAGUUAUUACUCAACCACUGCAUGGGACAUGCGAAACUGCCCGAUUCAGCUCCUAAGCGUUUGCAGAAGCAAGAUCAGGGCCCCGCUCCCAAGUCUCAAUCGAAGCCUGUGGAUGCACUUCCAUCGCGCAAAUCAAAGAUGGGCCAGCAGAUUCAGAGUUCAGAGACCAUACCCACGCAAGCUCCUGGAUACAACCAACAUCAAGAGCAGAGUGUUGAUGAUUCUAAAUUGCAGCCCGCAAAGCAAGUGGAGCCAAAACCGCGCAAGGCAAAGAAGCCCAAGCAGACUCAGAACCAGGAGACACAGGAAGCCCCUGCCACUCUUUCAGGGAAAUCCGCAAACAGAUACGCUCCAAAUUUCAUCAAGGGCCAGGACCUAUCUUCCGUCAAGCCAGUAGAAUCGAAGCCGAAGCCCGCGCCAAUUGAGCCUCAAACUCGCCCUCAGAAGCCCGGCAAAGGAAGAGACCGUUCAAAGGCGAACAAACCAGUAGAGAUACUAGCUCGGGCGCAACCUGCGCAACCUCAGCCACCACUGCAUUCUGUGUUCUCAGGCGAUCCCAAGUCUCGAGGGGACCCAUCUUUCAGUUUCGGUGACACACUUCUCGAUACUUCACAACGUGAACGUGAAGCUGCUCGGAACUUGAUCCAAGCAGCCCAGAACGAGAACUACCGCACAUCCCAAAAUGAGAAUUACCAUGUCACUCUCGAGCCACUGGAACAGAAUUUGAUCUUCCGCUAUCUGUUGGCUCGCUGUCAUUCAGACACCCGCUUGGCUAAACAUGGCUAUACCUUCCAACCCAGUUUGAAUGAAGCUCAUAAGCGCCCAUCAAAGCAGUGUCCUAUCAAGCGGGGGCUGUUCCGCGAAGUGCCCCGGUGGUCCUCGGACAACUUGGCGAAACGCCGCGCAAUUGUGCUCGACUGCGAAAUGGUUCAAGUCGAAGAAGGCCGUCGAGAACUGGCAUUCCUAAGUGCAAUUGACUUCUUAACUGGUGAAGUGUUGAUCGACAAUUACGUACAGCCCAAGGCGAGGGUCGUGAACUGGGACUCUCGGUUCAGCGGCGUUACACCCGGCGCCAUGAUCAAAGCUGUCAGGAAGGGAACGGCUCUGAUGGGCUGGGAAAAUGCACGCGCCAAGCUUUGGAGUUUCAUGAACAGUGAUACUGUCCUCAUUGGUCACUCGCUGAACAACGACCUAGACGUCUUGGGUAUGAUCCACUGGAACAUUGUCGAUUCGUCUAUUAUGACCAGUGAAGCUGUAUUCCUCCAGCUGCACUCGGGCGAACAGCUUACCCGCACAUGGGGCCUGAAGACUCUCACCCUGGAGCUAGUGAACUACGAUAUCCAAGUCGGCAAACAAGGCCACAGCGCCCUUGAAGAUGCUCAUGCCACACGAGACGUGGUGAUUUGGUGUAUCCGAUACCCAGAGCUCUUGAAGGUUUGGGCCGACAAUGCCAGGGAAGAGGAGGCCAUGCGCGUGCUUGAACGAGAGAAACGAAUGACAGACAGAGAGCAACUUGAGGAUCAGAGACGAUUGGAAAUGGAAUACAGAGUUCAGGCUCUGUCGCAAGGCCUCAGCGGUAUGACUGUCGCUGCGUCUGUCGCUGCGUCUGUUGCAGAUUCAGAUGAUGACCCGGUGCCUACGGUGCGCACCGACUACGCUAUGGCUCAAGCAGUAGAAUUCUUCUGA